UGUUGCUUCCCCUUUUCCUGAACAUGUCUUUCAGAUCAUGAGACUUGUGGUUAUUUCACAAGGCCACAAGCUCCAAUCCCUCUCUACUUAUAAAGUCGGAAUGAGGUCCUUCAAGCCCGCGGUGCUGCUGCACUUAAUUCUGAUCAGCCUCGUCUCAGGGCUGCACUAUCCAAAUUCACCUUUUUCCAAAGUGCCUUUCCUGACUGUGUGGAACGCCCCAAGUGCCAACUGCCUCUCUCAGUAUGGCGUUGACCUUGACCUGGGGAUGUUUAACAUUGUCCAAAACCAGAAUCAAACCUUUAUGGGUCAGAACAUAACCAUCUUUUAUGCUGAGAAGCUUGGUCUGUAUCCAAGGUAUUCCCACCAGGGAGAGGCUAUUAAUGGCGGGGUUCCACAAAACAGCAGCCUUGACAAACAUCUCAAAGUUGCCAGGGAGAAUGUAAACACCUAUAUCCCUGACAGGGGUUUCCCAGGCCUGGGUGUGGUGGAUUGGGAAAGUUGGAGACCUGAAUGGGAGAGAAACUGGGACACUAAGAAGAUAUACCAGGAGGGGUCAAAAGCGCUAGUGAGGUCUAAGCAUCCAGACUGGAGCCCCAAACAAGUAGAUGACGCAGCACGUGUGGAGUUUAACAAAGCUGCGAGGAAUUUCAUGGAGGAAACUCUGAAAUUGGGGCAGGCAGCAAGACCAGAUGGUUUGUGGGGCUAUUAUGGUUUUCCAAACUGCUACAACUACUACAGCAACAAAAGCACAGGCUACACAGGGGAGUGUCCACCUGUGGAGUUAAAGAGAAAUGACAAGCUUCUCUGGCUGUGGAGCACCUCCUCUGCUCUGUAUCCCGACAUCUAUCUCAGCAUCCAGAUGCAAAGUCUCAGCAGAGAAGUGCUCCUCUACUGCCACCACCGCAUCCUGGAGGCAAUGAGAGCAGCGGAUCAGGUGACUCCGUUUGCGCCACCCGUGUACGCCUAUGCUCGCAUCGUCUACACAUACACGCUGGAAUUUCUCUCUCAGGAGCACCUGGUCUACACUAUUGGAGAGAGUGCCGCUUUAGGCUCUGCUGGUGUAGUUCUUUGGGGCGACCACGCUCUUUCCAAAACUCAGGCUACCUGUGCUGCCGUCAAGUCCUACAUCGAUAACACUCUGGGUCCUUACCUGGUAAACGUGACAUCAGCGGCUACGCUUUGCAGUCAGAUCAUGUGUUCCUCUCAUGGACGGUGUCAGAGGAAGGAUCCGCAGUCGAAGGCCUACCUCCAUCUUGACCCUGCCUCGUGGAAAGUGGUGUCCAAGAGGAAACCAAAUGGAUGGAGGAAAUACAAAGUUUUAGGACGUUUGCAGCCACGUCAUGUAAAGCUAAUGGAGUCUGAGUUUCAGUGCAGAUGUUACGCUGGGUGGAGGGGUCAGAGCUGCUCUGAGCCUGUUCAGCUAUAAGACUUAGAUAAGCAAGUGAGAGCAUUGUUUAAAUAAGUGGCAGUAAAAUUUGAGGAAUUGAAAACUCAAAGAGUGCAUGCGCUCUCCUGUUAAGGGAAAUUCUUUAAGCAGUGUCAUGGUUUUUGGCUUUUUUGUUUUAGCCUUUUUCUUUUUUCAAACUUGUAAAUGCAGCAGCUUUGCACUUUUGAAACUAGUAGCUAAUUAAUGGCUUCUUAGCAGUGAAUGUAUCAAGAUACACUAAGACACUUUAUUAGGUACACCUGGCUGGACCCUCUUUUGCCCUAAUUCUUUGUGGCAUAGAUUCAACAAAGUGCAGGAAACAUUCCUCAGACAUUUUGGUCCACACUGACAUGAUAAUAUCACGCCGUUGCUGCAGAUUUGUCAGCUGCACAUGGUGCAAGCCUCUGAUGUCACCACAUCCUAAUGGUGCUCUUUUGGAUUGAGAUCUGGUGACUGUGGAGGCCGUUUGAGUGCACUGUCAUGUUUGAAAAACUAAUUUGAGAUGAUCUGAGCUUUGGGAUAUAAAAGCAUCUAUCAGAAUAUGAAUACACUGUUGUCAUAAAGGGAUAGCUACGUUCAGCAACAAUACUCAGGUAGGCUACUGUGCCCAAAAUGUGCUAAGAGAAAAUCCCCCACACCAUUAUAUCAUCACCACCAGCAUGAGCCGUUCAUACAAGGCAGGAUGGAUCCACGUUUACAUGUUGUUUACACCAAAUUCUGACUGUACCAUCCCUGUUUCAGAGCAGAAACUGAGCCUUGGCAGACCAGGCAAAACUUUUAUGAUCUUCUAUUGUCCAACUUUGGUGAGCUCAUUCGAAUGGUACCCUUAGUUUCCUGUUCUUAGCUGAGAGGAGUAGCACCCGGUGUGGUCUUCUGCUGCUGCUUCUGUUUCAAGAUUUGACGCGUCAUGUGUUCAGAGAUGUUCUUCUGCAUACCUUGUGGUAAUGAGUUGACCUCUGACCUCCAGUAUCAACAAGACAUUUUCCCCCAGAGUAACUGCUGCUCACAGGAUAUUUCCUCUUUUUCAGAUCAUUCUCUGCAAACUUUAGAGAUAAUUGUGUGGGAAAAUCCCAGAAGAUCAGCAGUUUCUGAAACGCUCAGGCUAACCUAUAACAUGUUCAAAGUCACAUAAAAUCACCUUUCUUCCACAUUCCGAUGCUCAGUUUGAGCAGCAGGUUGUCUUGACCGUGUCUGCAUUCCUAACGAGGCAUUAUCCCAUGCAUCAAUAAGCUGUUAGACAGAUGUACCUAAUAAAAUGUCCAGUGAUUGUAUAUUAUCAUUUGAGUGACAGAAAUCAGCUUUAAACUUUUAUGUGACUACAGUUUUUACAGAGGGUUUCCUCUACUGCAGUAUUUUGUUUUAUUACUUUGAACUUUUCUUACUUUGUCCAUAAUAAGGUUGGGCACAGAGUCUGAAUUCAGUGCUCACUUUCUGUUCUUUAAUGGUAUUUUAAGGCGUGUUACUACGGGUAAAAAAAAUCUCAGCUUAUCAGUGAAGGAGCUCUGGUGUCCAGCAGCUGAACAAUGCAGUAUUUGUAUACUCAGAGACAUUCUGAUUUCAUUUAGGGAAAAGGUUUGAUUGCAACUCCGUCCUGUAUUCAUGUGAAACAAAGAA